AUGCUGCUUCUCCUUCUGAUCUCAAGUGCUUUUGUCCUGCCCUGGGCUGGGGCUGGAAGGAUCAUUGGUGGGAAGGUGGUUGUGCCCCAUUCCAGACCCUACAUGGCUUAUUUAAAAAUCCGAGUUACAAAUGAGACUGGCACAUUUCAUUCUUACUGUGGAGGGUUCCUGAUUCGCCCAGAUGCAGUGCUCUCAGCAGCUCACUGUGUGGAUAAAGAAGGGAGAGUUGAGGUCACUGUGAUUCUGGGAGCCCACAACAUCCAUGUCCGAGAACGGAGCCAGCAGAGGAUCCGUGUUGUACGCUGGGUCAUCCAUCCCAACUAUGAUCAUGAUGGCAAUAUAAAUGACAUUGUGCUGCUGAAGCUGGAGACAAAUGCCGGGAUCAAUGAGGAUGUGCAAACAAUCUCCUUACCCAGCAGGAAUGAACGUGUGAGAGCAGGAACUGAAUGUGAGGUGGCUGGCUGGGGCCAGACGUCUUUGGAAGGGAGGAGGACUGAUGUGUUGAGGGAAGUGGAACUGAAGGUGCAAAAUGACGAAUCAUGUCAGAACGAAUUCCGUAGAUACCAGCGUCGGUCCAUGAUCUGUGUUGGUGAUGAAAAUCGUGCAAAAACACCUUACAAUGGUGAUUCUGGUGGCCCAUUAGUCUGCAAUCAGAAGGCUCAUGGCAUUGUUUCUUAUGGAAAGAGACACAGACUCUUCCAUGGGGUAUUUACCAGAAUCUCCUAUUUUGUGCGCUGGAUACGUCGGCAGCUGAGGAGGUUUGCACUCCAAGAGCUGCCUGCCUCACCAUCCUCCCAAUAA